AUGUUAAACUUUCAAUUAUUAAUUAUAAAAUUAAUUCAGAUUAAUACUUAUUUAAUAUUUACAGAUGUAAAUAUUAAAAAAGAAAAUCCAAAAGUUGUUAGAAAUAAUAAUACUGUAAAUAGUUUUAGUGUAAACUCUUAUAUUAACGAGCUUGUUUUAAGUAACCGAAAAAGUAAAAUUGCAUUUAAAAUUAUGAAUAUAACGGACAUUAAAAACCCACUUAAAUACAUGAAAAUAAUGUUAUGUAAAUUAAUUGAUAAUGUAAAAUGUAAAAAGACUCAAUUAGAGAAAUUUAAACUUGUGAAAAUUAAAAUAGACUAUUUAAUUUUUGAAACAGAAAAUAGUGAUAUUAAUGUUAUAAAAAAAUAUAUUAAUGUUAUAGAUGCUAUAAUUUAUAUUUUAGAACCCUUACAAAAAGACAUUUUAAAUGAUAAAAAUGAUAAGAUUAAAAAUAUUUUAAAUGAUUUUAUUGAUAAUUUCAAUAAUUUGAAUGAAUAUGUAAGAUGUUAUUUAAUUGAAUAA